AUGUUCCAGACCGCAGCUCAGAUUCCGGACCUUAUGGAACAAGGCGAAAGUGGUGAUGUCUCCGAAGAAGUGGUCAAAGCAGCAGCGGAGAAUAUUGGGGAUUAUGGACUGCAAGUGAUGAAUCUCUUGUUCGAACAUCAAGGACAGAGCCUUCCAGUUUCUGAGCAAGUGGUUCAGGCAGCAGCAGCAAAUACAGGAGAAAGUUGUGAGCAAAUUCUCGAAUGCCUAUUUGAGCGUCGGUGCCUUCUCAUAUCCGAAGAAGUCCUCAAGGCAGCAGCAGCAAAUACCGGUUGUUAUUAUAACGCCGCUCGACUCAUGGCUGCACUCCUCAGACGACAAGAGCGGGGCCUCUUAACAUCCGAAGAAGUUCUGAAGGCAGCUGCAGCAAAUACUGGCAGUUUUACCCCUGAAGUCAUGGAGGUACUCCUCAAAUAUCAAGAGCCAGAGCAAGAAAGCCUAAUAUCUGACGAAGUACUCAAGAUAGCGGCAGCAAAUACUAACUAUCGUGCUCAUGAAAUCAGGGCUAUACUUCUCAGACGACGAGAGCGGGCCUCUUAA